GGGGGCGCAAGGGGGAGCGGGCGGGGCGCGCGCGGCGCGGGGCUGGGCUCGGAGCGCGCGGGGCUCGGCCGCUGGGAGAGUCGAGCCGGGGCCGCGCCGGGCCCACGAGGAGCGCACGAGCCUUCGAGGUUGUGGACCAGGGAGGGAGGAGCCGCCGCCGCCGCCGGCUCCCGCCCGGAGGGAGCCCGAACCCGCCCUGGGCUAUGAGCCGCCGGACCCGGGAAGCCCGGCCGCGGUCCGGGCAGCGCUCCGCCGGCGCCCCGGCCAGCCCGGCCGCAGCUGCGCGCCUGUAGCCGCAGGGGGCUGCGAUGGGACGGGAGCCAUGAAUGGUGCCGCCCCCGGCCCCGCCGCCGCCGCCGCCCCGGUCCCGGUCCCGGUCCCGGUCCCGGUCCCGGACUGGCGGCAGUUCUGCGAGCUGCACGCGCAGGCGGCCGCCGUGGAUUUUGCGCACAAGUUCUGCCGCUUCCUGCGCGACAACCCGGCCUACGACACGCCCGACGCUGGAGCCUCCUUCUCCCGCCACUUUGCCGCCAACUUCCUGGACGUCUUCGGCGAGGAGGUGCGCCGCGUGCUGGUGGCCGCGCCGGCGUCCCCCGGGGCCAUGGAGCCCGAGGCGGCGGGGCCCCCGGCGCUCAAGGCGGCGGCGUACGGCCACUCGCGGAGCUCGGAGGACGUGUCGGCGCACGCGGCGGCCAAGGCCCGCGUCCGCAAGGGCUUCUCGCUGCGCAACAUGAGCCUGUGCGUGAUGGACGGCGUGCGCGACAUGUGGCACCGGCGCGCCUCGCCCGAGCCCGACGUGGGGGCUGCCCCGCGGGCCGCCGAGCCCCCGGCCGAGCCGCGUGACAAGUGGACGCGGCGCCUGCGGCUGUCGCGGACGCUGGCGGCCAAGGUGGAGCUGGUGGACAUCCAGCGCGAGGGCGCGCUGCGCUUCAUGGUGGCCGACGACGCGGCCGCGGGCCCCGGGGGCGCCGCCCAGUGGCAGAAGUGCCGCCUGCUGCUGCGCAGAGCCGUGGCCGGCGAGCGCUUCCGCCUGGAGUUCUUCGUGCCACCCAAGGCCUCCAAGCCCAAGGUCAGCAUCCCUCUCUCGGCCAUCAUCGAGGUCCGCACCACGAUGCCCCUGGAGAUGCCGGAGAAGGACAACACGUUCGUGCUCAAGGUGGAGAACGGAGCAGAGUACAUCCUGGAGACCAUCGACUCCCUGCAGAAGCACUCAUGGGUGGCUGACAUCCAGGGCUGCGUGGAUCCCGGGGACAGCGAGGAAGACACCGAGCCCUCCUGUGCCCGGGGAGGCUGUCUGGCCAGCCGCAUGGCCUCCUGCAGCUGUGAGCUCCUGACGGACGCAGUGGACCCGGCCCGGCCCCCAGAGACAACGGCAGCUGUGGUGACAGCCCCGCAUAGCCGAGCUCGAGAUGCAGUCAGCGAGUCCCUGGUCCAUGUCCCACUGGAGACCUUCCUAGAGACCCUGGAAUCCCCAGGCGGCAGUGGUGGCGACAGCAAUAACACAGGGGAGGAGGGAGCAGAGCCGGAGCCGGAGGCCGAGCCCGCGCUGGAGCUGUCCGACUACCCCUGGUUCCACGGCACGCUGUCACGGGUCAGGGCGGCUCAGCUGGUGCUGGCGGGGGGGCCCCGGAGCCACGGCCUCUUCGUGAUCCGCCAGAGUGAGACUCGGCCGGGGGAGUACGUGCUGACCUUCAACUUCCAGGGCAAGGCCAAGCACCUGCGCCUGUCCUUGAACGGCCACGGGCAGUGCCACGUACAGCACCUGUGGUUCCAGUCUGUGCUUGACAUGCUCCGCCACUUCCACACCCACCCCAUCCCGCUGGAGUCAGGUGGCUCAGCAGACAUCACCCUGCGCAGCUAUGUGCGGGCCCAGGGCCCCCCACCUGACCCGAGGCCCGCGCCCCCCGCCACGCCCGCGCCCCCCGCCUGCUGGAGCGAGCCGCCCGGCCAGCACUACUUCUCCAGCCUCGCUGCCACCGCCUGCCCGCCCGCCUCGCCCUCGGAGCCGGGCGGCGCCUCGUCCUCGUCCGCCUCGUCGUCCUCGGCCGCGUCUGGGCCCGGCGGCGCGCGCGCCCCCACCGAGGGUCCGCUCAGCGCGCGCAGCCGCAGCAACAGCGCCGAGCGCCUUCUGGAGGCGGCGGGGGGCGCCGAGGAGCCCCCAGAGGCCGGGCCGGGCGAGGGAUCGCGGGGCCGCACGCGCGCCGUGGAGAACCAGUACUCCUUCUACUAGCCCGCCGCGGUGGCGCCAAGGCCCUGGGGCCACCCGGGCCGCCGUGCGCCCGCCCUCGUGGCCGUCCAUCCGUCCGUCCAGCGGACACUGCCGGCCCCAGCCCGCUGCUGGGUGGGAAAAGCGAAGC